AUGAUAUCAUUAGGCAUCGGUAAACUUCCGUGGCGCUAUCGACAAUUGCUUCUCGUACUUCUUUUAGCAAUAUCAAUUUGCUAUGCUAUUCCGAUGAAUAAAGACUAUGAUCCAUUUAUAAUGGAUAAUGAAUUUUAUGCAAAAAGAGAAAUUGGUCUGAUUUCCGGUGAUGCAAAUGUGGAUGAUAUUAGUAUCAGUAACAUCACUGCUUUGGCGCGUUCCAAACGUAAUUGUUGCGGUUGCUGUUGCUGUUGUUGUUGCUGGCAUGUUUUCAUUUGA